AUGGCUUCUGAGAAAGACGAAUCUCUCAGCAUUAAAGGCCUUGCCGAGCCCUCUGGGCCGUCCGCCUGGAAGCCAGAGAAAUAUAGGUCUAGGUAGGCGUUCCUAGAUUUCACCUGCGUGCAUCGUGUGCUGAUGAUAAUAAAGCGAAGCCAUUUUGAGUGAAGCUUAUGACAAUGCUGUCACGCUCUACAAGGAGAAGUUGACGAAGUCCAAAAGGAAACGCAUAUGGGCGGAUGGAAAGGCAGGAAUCGUCGAUAUCCAGCUGGCCCUGAAAGAAGCAAAGGAGAAGUACGAUAGCAGGAAAGCCGUUCAAUCGACCGUACGGAAUUGGCUGUCGAUGUUUUCUUCCAGACUCUUGUAUUAUGGAGGGGUCUUGGAAGUGGUAAGCUCAAAUGUGGAUGAUGAUAAUUGCACCAGCUGAUAUGGAGGACCUAGCUUUCCCAGCAUCACCUGAAUAUGUUGCUCUUGCCUGGGGCUCAAUCAAGUUCCUUUUUGUAGCCGUCUUGAACCACGAAGAGUCUAUUUCUCGUCUUUCAGCGGCCUUUGCCUUUAUUGAAGAUGCGUUUCCUCACGCGAAAUUGAAGCUGGAGCUCUAUGGGAAUGAUGCAAUGCUGCAAGCAGUAUCUCAGCUGUAUGCGCAAAUCAUGCGGUUUACGCAAAGAGCCAUUGGUUGGUAUACAGAGAGCAAGCUCAAGCAUUUCAACCGUUCCGUCACACAGGUACCAUACACGGUUUCUUUCCAGGUAGAGUAUGAUAGCUGACUAACUUUAAGCCAUACUCCCUGUCUUACAAGGACAUUGUGGCGGAAGUGAAAACGUGCUCAAAGAGAAUCAAGCAGCUGGCUGAGGGUGCAGCACAGGGAGAGCAACGAGCAAUCCAUGUCAAAAUCGAAAGACUAGAACAGCUGAUCAUAAGUAAGUUCCGUGAAAUGGGUAUGUGCGUACUGCUAACAAACGUCAAGGCCAGCAUGGCAGCAUUGUCUCAUCCGGGCUUCUCAACACCCCAUUUCAACUUCGCAAUAUCGAAAUCUCACAAGUCUUAGCUUAUGUGGAAAACACACCUCUACCAAGCCCCGAGAUUUCUCUCAAAUAUCAUCUCGCAAUGAGAAAUCGACGCCUACUCGAGGAUCCAGCGUAUUUGGAUAUCUUGAAUGGUUGCGAGCAACUUAACAACUGGGCGUCGCAGAGAUCGUCGAGUCCUCUUAUGAUCAAGGGAACUUUUCGGACCCGAAGGAAGGCGAAACAUGUAGCAGCUUCUAACAUUGCAUCAACAAAACAAAGUCAAGUCCCGACGGUGUUGAUCCUGGCACCUCGCACAAAAAUGUCUCAACAGCUUUCAGGCUUAGAUAUAUUAAAGCAACUUGUGCUCCAAAUCCUGCAAAAGAACGAUUCUUUACUGGAAGACCGAUCACAGCCACUAAUUGCGAAGCAAUUUCAAUGCGCAACGACGGAAUUAGAAUGGUUCAACCUGUUGGGUUUGGUGCUGACUGGAAUACCGGAGAUAUAUAUCGUCGUCGACAUUGAAUUACUUCGCGGAAACUUUGGCGACGGGCAGAUGUGGCCUUCGAUGUUUGUCGAGUUGUUUCAGAAACUGGUACCUCGAAGUCCUCAAACCAUACUGAAGGUCACGAUAAUCUUCUAUCUCACUCAAUUGACCCUUGAAGAUGACGGAGUUGAAAAAAGUAGGAUCAUGAAACUUGAUCACCGAGGCACGCGGGAAAAGUCCGCGUCGAAUAAAUGCUCGCCUGUUCGAAUACGGGGUAAAGGUCGAUGUUUUGCUCAAUGA